AUGUUUAGGCGCAAAUCAAAGGAAUUUUUGCAUUUAUACAUAACCGUUGAUGAAACAUGGAUCCACCAUUAUACACCUAAAUCGAAACAACAGUCGGCACAAUGGAUUCCAAAGAGUGGAAGUGCUCCGAAGCGACCAAAGACGCAACAAUCGGCUGGAAAGGUUCUGGCCACUGUGUUUUGGAAUGCACAUGGAAUAAUCCUCAUCAAUUAUCCUGAAAAAGGAAGAACAAUUACAGGAGAAAAUUAUGCAUCAUUGUUGGACCGAUUGAAUGAUGAAAUCAAGAAAAAACGGCCUCAUUUAACGAAGAAAAAAAUUCUCUUUUAUCAAGACAUUGCACCAGCUCACAAAUCGAUAAAAGCAAUGGCAAAAUUGAACGAAUUCCUCCUACAUCCACCGUAUUUUCCAGAUCUGGCUCCGUGUAACUUCUACCUGUUUCCAAAUCUCAAAAGAUGGCUCCAGGGAAAGAGAUUUGCUCCAAAUGAAGAAGUUGAAUCGGAAACAGACGCAUAUUUUGGCGGUUUAUAAACUUCUUAUUAUUUGGAAGGCUUAAAGAAGCUAGAAACUCGUUGGACUUGGUGUAUUGAGCGAAAAGGAGAUUA